AAUGAAUUGCCCUCUCUGUUGCACCCUUUCUAGGACUGUAUGUACAGCAAACCCUGCGAGUCGCGAGAGGGUGGAAUACAACCCUGCCACACUGGCAUCCACUGGCAUCGCCGCAGCCACCGAGAGUGACUGGAGUUCUCCGAUUAUUAUCUCAUUUGCCGGCACGGGCUACACGCGCCCUUACGCCGUAGGCUCAAAUCUCGUUUCUACUUUUUUUUGUGUUAAGUUACUGCGAAAUAGCGAAUAUCUGACAUCCAUCACACUCAAGUAUGACAACGACGACAGGCGAUCCGUCGACACUAAAAACUCCAGCGUCGCUUUCCGGCGGCGAUUUGGUUAACCGACUUCUAGCAGCGACACCACCUUAUCUCUACAAUGUUCCAUUGACGCCCAACAGUUUUUUCUUCAGUGAAAUGCUACGAUCUUUCGUUCAAGCCAAAGCCGAUACAUCACCAAUUGAACCGAUUCCGAGUACUCCCAGACGAAGAAAAAGAUCAUGGAAGGAUACACGAGAUCGUCCACUGGAAUUAACUACCAAAGAACGACAUCAUCACCAUCAUCAUCAUCAAGGUCCAUUGAGUCAUCAGCAACAGGGAGAAAAGUAUUUCCACUCUACCCAACAUUAUGAGCAGCAACAACAACAACAACAACAUCAUCAUCAUCCACAACAACAACAGCAGCAGCAGCAACCGCAAAUUCUAGAUUCAAUUCAUUUGGAAAAUCAAAAUAAAUCCCUCGAAGCGUACGAUAUCGAAAGUAAAAAUCUCAAUUUAGAACAAAAAUCACAGGACUUUAGCAUUGAAAUUUUAAAGUCAGUCGAUGAAAAUCGUUCUAAAUUCAAGCCAUCGAAGAAUUACUUUGCCGAUCGUAUUCCCAAUUUACAGGAAAAUAUUCAGUCAAUAUUUUUGAAUGAAACACAAAAAGUAAAACCCGAGGAUUCGGAGAGGAAUUGCACUUUCAGUGAGAAGGACAAUUUAGAGGAACGUUGCCAAAAGACAAGUAGCGAAUUAUCAUUUCUCGCUGAGCAAAAAAGUAAACUUGAUUUUAAUGCGAGAAACUUUUUGCCCACAUUGCCGGGGCGAGGCGACGAACUGCAGCAAUCAACAGCCAAAGGUUUCAGUCUGCCCACAGGCAAUGUUCCAAAUCCUGAAUUCUUGCCCAAUCCACUAUGGUAUCCGCCUUAUCCAAUGCCACAAUCAUAUCCCGGUAUUGAUCCGCUGCAUUUUUUUAUUGAUCUCCGCGUGUCGGGACACAUAUGGGACAGAAAGUUGAAUGAGAGGCACUUGCCGUUCAAGAGCAAGCACAGCUCGGCUUUUAGUGUGCCCCAAGCCAAGGAGUACAAUCGACCAUUGAAUUUGACGAGAGACGAGGCUUCAUCAACGUCGAGAUCAUGUGAGGCGAAUCAUCAAGGGACGCAUUAUAUUUUGAAACAUAUCACUAAAACCUACAAAGAUAUAAAGGAGGCUGAAAAGGAUUCCAGGACCGAGAUCACUGAGGUGACAAUCGAAGAGGAUUCUCCGAAUUCUGAAGAAUUGGAAUCAUCAAAAAAAGAAGAAACUAGUAAUUCGACUUCAAAUCAGGACGAGGAAAAAAAAGAUCUCCGUGCCCUCAUUGGUCUCGAACUUGUCGUCGAUUACGUGAAAGAGCCAAAAGGUGAAUCCAGUAGUUCCGAAUGUUCUCCACAAAUAACUGAGUAAUUUCUUGUCGAAAAUAUAAUGUGGAGCGCAAAAAAGAAAAAAAUGAGUCGAAGCAAUGGGAGUAUUAAAAAAAAAAACUCUGUGACGGUAUCAAAAAUCGUGAAAAGCGUUUGUAAUCUGUAUAUAUAGAUAUAUAGGUACCCUAGAAUCAAUAUCUUCCGUAAAAUUACAUACGUGUUGCACUAUCAAAGCGUCGCAUCGCGUCGGCAUCUUUUGUCUCUGUGCAUUUUUUCCCCGCAUUUGAAAAAGUCUCUUUUUCAUCUCGGUUCGAUGCAACUGUAACGCUACCUUUGAUCCAAGUUUUUUUUUACAAGUGGAAUUUUUUUCUAUACUCCAAAAAAAAAGUGAAAUAUUUUACUUGCAAAUCCAAAAAAGAAUCCUUUUACAUAUAGUGAGGGAAAUUUAAUGAACGACGAACUCUUUUUUUCAUUCCAGAUUAUGAAAUAAUUAUAUUUAGUAAUGACAUUAUUUAAUUUUAUAUAUUCAUUCCCUUUUAUUUCUUCUCCUCUUGGCAAAAAACCAUGUUAAUUCCGAGAACGUUCUAAAAAACAUUUUAAGGACAUGAAUGUUUAAAUAAUGUUCUAGAACAUUAUUUGACGGGCAUUUGGCGUUCCAAAAACAUUUGAAGAAUGUUUUUGGCGAAUAUGAUUUUUUGCUCAAAUGAUUAGGAUGAAAUGAAAAAUUUGUUUGUUAAAAUUGAUUUUCUUAUAUCUCUCUCUCUAAUUAUUUAAACUUAUGCGGUUCAACAGGAAGUGUUUUAAUAUUUUUAGGGCCUCUCUUAUUACAAAAAUUCUACAUGUAUAGUAAAUCUAUAUAUUUAUUUGUAAUAUGUAUAUCAGUGUAAAUAUAAUUUGAGAUAUCUAUUAUAAUUGUAUGAUGUAAAUUAUAAUUAUGAGAUAUAUAUUAUAAUUAUAUAGUGUACAUUGUAUUAAACCCCCAAAGCAAUGUUGUCAAUAUUGCUACAGGUGUAUAUGGGGGUAUUCACAAUUAUAUAAUUAAAAUAUAUAUAAUUUUGUAUGUAUAUUCAAAAUUUUAUUUGGUCGGAUUGUAAAUUAUUUACAUGUAUAAUAAAGUCACCUACUGUUCAAUUGUAUAGAAUAAUAACGUUUAGAGUCCUUUUUUCUUGUAGCAAUUAUUUCAACAUUGUCAACACUGAGGUAUUGAUAUAUUCCCCCCUUAUAGAAGGUUCCUUUCAAUUCGGGCCCAUUCUCCCCUCCCCUUUGUUUUUCGUCUCAUUUAAAUAGAACUCACAUUUCUUUUAAAUUAAUUGAAACUAUCGGUUUUUGGAAUUUAAAGAAAAUUAAGUAGUUUUUAAAUACAUACGUCAAAAAAUGUCAGAGAAUUUAGAGUAAGAAAAAAAGUAAAAGGCUCUGAACGGCGGCAGAUUUUCAGAAAUAAAUCAAAGCAUAUACGUGAGUCAAUGUUGUAGAAAGACGAUUAAUAUGUUGAAACGAUGGUAUACAGAGUGAGAGUCACGAAUCGAUUUGCGAACUACUGAAAAGAGAUAUGUUUAACGAGGGCCAUUGUCUAUGAUUGUCGUAGGGUUGGUAAGCCGCAAGGCCGGAUACAGCGGACCUUAUACUGACCCCUUUUUAAAUGGGGUAACUAUUAACUGUAACUCCUCCCUAAAACGAAUAUUGCAAUUCCGGUUGUCUAUAAAUCGACUUGACUCAAUAGAAGUUUUCAAUAAAAUCGGUUACGAACAGCACGAAGAAAAUUAAUUGAGAAAAGAGUCGUAGGAAUUAAAAGGUACAAUAAAAUGUUGGAAUCAUUGGUGUAUGGCAGACUCUUUCAUAAAUUGAGAGGUACACUAGUGACGCAAAUGUCAAAAAAGUUGGUGUGCAAUCUAAAAUCCAAGUGUAAAUGUCAUGUUUCGUGCCCUUCUGUAAAAUUUACACUCACUUCACCCUCGUCUUUAAUUUUUUACUCCAAGUUCCGUUUCUUAUUUUGCAAUUAACCCCCAUUUGUAUGAUGCUAUUUCUAUCUUUAAUAUCUUUAAUAUCUUCAUAAGACGUUUUGU